AUGGUAGAGAUCUCUCUCCGUCGUCAUCUUCCUCUUCUUCUUCUCAACCAAUCUGGCCGCAGGCAACGAAACCCACCACCAGGCCCAAAACCAUGGCCAAUCAUCGGAAAUGUCAACCUCAUAGGUCCUCUCCCCCACCGUUCCAUUCACUCUCUUUCCCAACAAUAUGGUCCUUUAAUCCAACUCCGCUUCGGUUCAGUACCCGUCGUAGUUGCCUCCUCUGUCUCCAUGGCCAAAUUGCUACAAAACCACGUACUCAACUUUGCUUCUCGACCCAAAACCGCUGCAGGCAAGCACACCGCCUACAACUACUCCGCAAUGAUCAGGUCCUCCCAUGGCCCCUACUGGCGCUACCUCCGUAAGAUAUACCUCACUGAGCUUUUCACCCCCAAACGUCUCGAUUUCCAUGAGAAAAUACGAAUGGAAGAGACGGGUUUGCUUCUAAGGAGAAUCCAUGAUUCAUCAGGGAAAAAAAUUAGAUUGAAAACGCAUCUGUGGAAUGCUAAUCUGAGCUUUGUAAGUCAGAUUGUGAUGGGGAAGAAGUUUUCAAAUGAACCAGCUACGGCGUUGGAAGAGCUCAAGAAGAUGUUUGAAGAAUUGCUCUUCUUAAAUGGGGUAUUGGAUAUUGGGGAUUGUUUUCCUUGGUUGGGGUUCUUGGAUUUGAAGGGGUAUGUGAAGCAGAUGAAGGAUUUGGGGAAGAGAUUUGAUGGGUUUCUGGAGAAAGUGAUUUGUGAGCACCAGAUGAGGAGAAAAGAUGUGGAGAUUUUGGGAGAAAACGAUAUGAUUGAUGUGUUGCUGCGGUUGGCCGAUGAUCCUAAUUUGGAAGUGAAGAUUGAUAGGACGGCUCUUAAUGGGAUAUCACUGGCCAUCGUAAUGCUUUGUAUCCUUGUGAUAUCCUUUGUGAAUGUGAUUUCAUGA